UUAUCUCUCAGAAGCUCAUCGAAGCAGAACGUAGAAACAGAGAGAGAGAGAGGGUUGAUCUAAUGGCGGAUUAUCACUUCGUGUACAAGGACGUGGAAGGAGCGUCAACGCAGUGGGACGAUAUUCAGAGAAAACUAGGGAACCUCCCGGCGAAACCUCCUGCAUUCAAGCCUCCUGCCUUCACUCCAGCCGAAGACCAUGAUUCCGUUCCUAAAGACAAAGAUUGGAUCGACAGUAAGACCGAGGAUCAGCUCGAAGAUCUCGAAGAUGACCCUGAUCUCGACGACGAUCGCUUCCUUCAUGAAUACCGGAAGAAGAGGUUGGCGGAGAUGAGAGAAGCAGCUAAGGUUCGGAGAUACGGAUCAGUGAUUCCAAUUUCGGGAUCAGAUUUUGUGCGUGAGGUUUCUCAAGCUCCGCCAGAUGUUUGGGUCGUAGUGAUUUUGUUCAAGGAUGGGUACCCAGAAUGUGGGAUUCUUCUGCAGUGUUUGGAAGAAUUGGCAACAAGAUAUCCUGCAACCAAAUUUGUUAAGAUAAUAUCUACUGAUUGCAUUCCUAACUACCCUGAUCGCAAUCUUCCAACUCUUUUGGUGUACAAUAAUGGUGCUGUUAAGGCAAAUUACGUGGGUUUACAUUCUUUUGGCCGGAGGUGUACUCCUGAAGGUGUUGCGUUUGUUCUCUGUCAAUCUGAUCCCGUCCUAAAUGAUGGACAAGCUGGAAGCGAGCCAUCAAGAAAAGCUGUCUUAGAUGGAGUUCGGCAGAGGCUUAUAGAGAAGGUUGUGAAAGACCAUGAAGAUGACGAAGACGAUGGAUCAUCGAGUGAUUAGGGUUUAGGGUUUAAGUUUGAUUUUUUAACUUCUCUUCCCCCUUUUGUUUGCUUUAGGUCAACGCACAGGUAAGUUUUCUGUUUGCAGUGGCCAAUGUGUAUGGCUCUUAUGGCUUCUUCAGCAUCUUUUCUUACUUUUUCAACUGUUGAAAUGAUGUGUGGUAUCACUUAAUUAUAUGCCAGAAAUUGAGCGAUGACAGUGAGAA